AUGACUCACGAAGAGCGCGAACUGCAUACUGUAUGGGCACAGGAAAUGCAAGACGAUGGCAUUGUCCCCACCGUGGGUGACGAGGACUUUACAAAGUUCCUCGACCUAGACAAUGACUUCCAACAUUACACCACCCUAAACAAUGGCCACUCCGGCCUCGACACGCCCAUGGGUCGACUGGGCUUUGGGAAUAGCAACGCCGACUUGACAUAUACCGGGGCUGAGCAGAUGAGCAUGCAUGUUAGCGCAACCAGUGAACCGGUCGGCUAUCGCAACCAUAUACCGAACCAGCCGUAUGGCCAGUAUUCGCAGUAUCAGCAGAUGCAGAUGGCGCCGCAGUACCACGUGCCUCCUACGCCCGUGAGCUCUGAGAUUCAUCCAGGAAAGUAUGCGCACCAGAUGGCAACCAACGGACAAUUACUGUUCGACCAUCAGCAGGUGUCUUUCACACCUCUGGUGUCUCCUGCGCAAACGCCAAUGGAUAAUGCAUACUCCAUGUCCGACUACGGUUUGGCCGACGAGUUCUUCAGUCCAUUGACGUCACCCGCGAUCGAAGCACAAGCCGCGUUCAGUUCAACUGGGACGACUGCCUCGCCUGUUGAUCUCAAUGAGUUGCCGCCCGCAGGGAAGCCUGUCACGGCGGGUACAAAGCGUCCUCGGGGAAAAGGGGCGAAUGCCGCUCGUGCGCCGGCCCGCAGCAUCAAACAGUCACCAGCGAUGAAGCCACAGCCGCGCCGUCGACAUCCUUCGCUUACGUCGUUGCCAAUGGACAAAAUCCGAGACAUGCUUCCGCAGGCUGCGCCUGGGUCUACUCUGCACCCGUCCGUACCUCAUAACGCCGUGUUUCGGGGCAGUGAUGAUUCUGUUUCCCCCGAGCCCUUGUCCGAAACCGCCAUGAGACCACCUCCAGUGCCUCAACCCGGCAGGUCGCCGCAAUCGACUGUCGCGCCUCAAGAUACGCAAGCCAAUAACCCAGUCACACCGGCGACCUUGAUGCGUAUGCCGAGCAAUCGAGCAAUGCCUACGAAGAUAGACCAGGACAUCGUUUCCCAGAAUGCAACCGAGCCUAUGGAGGAUAUCAUGUUACCUGAUGCUGCCGCUCCUGCUACGGCCCAGUCAGCGAUUCCCUCCUUGGAUAACGGUCGAAGCUCCGUCUCUAGCGAAAACACGCCGACGCUUUCGGCAAAGUCCGCUAAAAUAAGUGCGGCGAGCACGCCCAGGAGUGCAUUGACUAAAGCAAUGUCACAAGAGAAUUUUGCAAAGCCAGAGAAAGUUGAGAACCGAGGCGGAGCGCGUGCCAGCAAGAAGCGGCAGAGUACGUCAUCCGCCACCAUAUCGCCAGCACUGCGACCAAAAAUCUCGCCUAGUAUCAGCCCAUUAGCACCUGCAGCAGGUCCGGGUAUGUCACAUCUCUCCGCGGAGACGAGCGCCUUGUACCUGGCCUCGAAGUCGAACUACCAGAACAUACUCGAAGGCACGCAUUUGCCAGGAGUGUCCUAUCCGGAGACUCUGGCUGAGAACCUUACCUCAAAACGCACGUCACACAAAAUUGCCGAGCAAGGCCGUCGAAAUCGAAUCAAUCUGGCAUUGAAAGAGAUCGAGACCCUUCUCCCGCCUGCUAUCCUUGUUGCGAAUGGCAAGAAGGAGAAAUCGCCGAAAGACGAGAUCGACGACGGGGAGGCCGCGGCUGCCAAGAACUCAGCGCCAGGUCAAGGUGCAAGUAAGGCAAGCACCGUGGAAAUGGCGAUUGUCUACAUUAAGAGUCUUCAGAAUGAAUUGAAAGAAACGAAAGAAAAGCUUGAAGCCGCCGAGAAGAAGGUGGCUGAGACGAACGGACAGGAAAGCAGCGCAGAGAGUCAGACGACAUCUGAAGCAUAG